AUGGAUCCUCCUCCCCCUGUGGCGCAAGGCCAGGGUCCACUGGGUUCCAAGGCCCAGUUGACGUGUGAAAUAUGCAAGCGACGCAAGAUUAAAUGCGAUAAGCUGCGUCCCUGCACGGCCUGUCGGAAUACAGGGACGGUUUGUGUUCCUGUUGAACGUGCACGUCUCCCGCGAGGUCGGUCAGGGGGGAGGAGGAAGAAGAGUGCGAAUUCCAAUGUCAAUGCCAAUGUCAAUGCCAAUGUCGACGCCAAUGCAGAAGACCAUAAACAGAGCGAUAUAAAUGGUAAUGGCGAUGGCGCUGAAGGUUUGAAAGAACGUGUGUCGAUGCUGGAGCAUACCGUUCAGGGCUUGGUGCAUAGCGGGCAGGCGUCUUAUGGUUCGGCUGAGGAUGGAGGCAUGUCGGUUCUUCCGGGUUUCUCGCUGUGGGAUGUUGGCAUGGGGCUUGCCGAGAAUCGCCUUCUCAAUGAGAAUAACCAGCAGACGGACAGUCAUGUGGAUACUUGGUUGAACACUGUCUCUCCCAUCCCCGAACCAGAGGACUGGGACAAAGAGCUGCACCACCGUAGACAAAUCAUGUCAAUAUACAUGGAGCGAGUGGACUCCCUCGUCCCCAUCUUACACUGCGGGUUAUUCGGUGAUUAUCUCAUUAGCAGAAAGCCGUAUUUGGAAUAUGAUACCGACCAUCCGGCACCUGCAGCACUGGCUUGGGCUGUGCGCUACCUCACCAUCGGCACCAUCAACGAUGACCAGUGCUUCCAUAUGUUCGGGGUGGAAAGAGGACCCCUCCUUGCGAGAUAUCAGAAAACCACGCAGUCUGCGCUGGAAAAAGCGGAUUAUAUCAGCACGGAGGAUUUGACGACUUUGCAGGCUUUUGUGCUGUUUGUGUUAGCUGUCCGUGCUCAUGGUCAGGGUCGACGGGCCUGGACGAUGCUGGGCCUCACCUUGCGAAUUGCCCAGUCUAUUUCCCUCCACGAGUCGGAACCCCCAUUUCCGGUAAAACCGAUGGAGCGCGAGAUGCGUCACCGUCUAUGGCAUGUCAUUGGCAUUUUAGAUAUCCAAGCUGCCUUUGACCGGGGCUCCGAGCCGAUGCUGCGAUCGAACUGCGCACUGUCCGAGAUAUCUUCCCCCAGCACAGGCGACCCCGACGACGCCGCCACUCAAUUCCUGCACGCAGACACAAGAUUUCUCGCCAUCAUGGCCGAAGCACAAUGUGCCUUCCGAGCCCUCGACGUAUCAGAACUAAACGCCCCCAAGACCACGCCGGCAAAUUUCGACACCAAACGUCGUCAACACGUAGCAACCACCUUCCGACAAAAAGCCCUCGCCCACCUCCCAGACCCCCAAUCAGAGCUCAUCACCACCCAAUUCGACUGGUGCCUGCGAAAACUAGUCAACAUCAUCCACGCCUUCCUCCAACUCCUCUCCUUCCGCCCCAUCCGCAGCGGCAACAAAAACCCAGAGUCCCCACCAGCAGCAACACGUCGCGGCUCGGGCCUGCUCCUCCUAACAGUAAAAUUCCUUCAAGCGCUGGACCAGUUCCGGCACGACGAGCGCAGCGAGCCGUUCAGGUGGUUCAUUCGGUUGUUUUCUCCUUGGCAUGUGCUUGUUGUUGCGAUUGACGAGGCGGAUGCUUGUGAGGAUGUGCUGUUGAGGCGGAAUUGUCAGGCGCUGAUUGAGCGGUUUUUGGCCUCAUUUCAGGAUAUGAUGACAGAUGUGCAUCGGGGGGUGUUGCGAGGGUCUGUGGAGAGGUUGAUGGCGUUUGGGUGGAGUGUGCCGGGUAUGGGGAAUCCGUUUGGUGAUUGGCAGGGUGUGUUGCCUAAUUAG